AUGCACCCACUCGCUCCACCCUUUGCUCUCUCUCCCCCUCGAGAUCUGAUCGCAGCGGGCAAAUUGCACGGCGACUUCCAACGAGCGCAGGCGAGGGCGAAGGGUGCAGUCCGUCUCUCGCGCGGUCCUUCCGAGCUCGUUCCCUCUUGUCCUCCUCCUCUCGCGCAGACGCCUUCGCUCCUUCUCCUCACACACUUUCCUCGACGCUCAUUUCGACAUACACGGCAGCCUUCUGCUCGCUACCGACCCUAG